GUACUCUAGUGCGUCUUUUGGUCGCAGUCGCAGCCCGGGGCACGCAUAAGCCAUGGCCGGAGCAUCAUGGACGAAGUGUACCGGCGGCGUGCCGGCGCUGGGGUGGUGGCUCAUCGCCGUCGGCGCCUUCCGCUCCGCCUACACCUUGUCCUGCUUCUUCGGCUCCGCCGCGAUGUGCUCGGCCACCGCCUCCGAGAUAACGAUGACCGGCCAACAUGCGCGAACGAUCGCAGUGUGGACUCUGCUGUCCUGCACAUUGUGCUUCCUGUGCGCCUUCAACCUCGGCAGCAAGCCGAUCUACGCGGCCACCUUCCUGUCCUUCCUCUACGCCCUCGGCUACCUAACCGUCGAGUGCCUUGUGUACCACACAGUCAGGGCAACCACACUCUCCCUGUUCAUCUUCAUCGCAGGGACAUCCAUGGUUUGGAUGCUUCUUCAGUGGAACUCCAACGGCCAUGGACCCCGUCUCCGUGAGGCUACCAAGCAGCAAUGAUACAUCAUGGUUCUUUUCCAGUCAAAAUAAAAUAGUGGGCAUCCCCUGUUCCAAUUAAUAUAAUCGUGUAAUAUGUAAUGUUUUAGGAGACUUGGUCUCGCACUUGGCUUCUACAGUACUACUAUGAUUCAGUCCUUCGAUCAAGUCUUCAAUGCAUUCAUGCAAUGCAACUUAGAAUUCUGUAAUGCUUUUUCUUUUUGUAAUUCUUCUCUGU